CAACAAUAAAGUAUGGAAUAGACUUGAAAAGGUUUUAAAUAUACGAGCGUCUAAGUCGUGCAAAUCUUUACGAAAUAUAAGUAUCUGAGAGAUUAAACUAAUGAUUGAAACCAUAACACUCUGGCAUCUUGCUGACAGUUAGUUGGCAUCUCGCUGACACUACAUUUGAUGAACUCCUAAGAUUGUCUAUGGAGACGUUGUGUCAUGUCUAUUCUAUUCUUUAUUUCUAUAUGCCUGGGAGUAGUGAUGAAAUGAACUUAAUAAGGGCAGCGAAGCGUGAAGGAUGGAACGAGGAUAGAUAGAUGGAAAUUUAGAUCACAAAAUAAAUAGGCUUUUGGAUUAAUCAAACUUUGUCCGUUUAAUACAUUUUAUUAAAAAUUAGCUAUCGUCUGCACGGAAUAGUUUCGAAUAUAUUCUUCGUGAAGAGAAAUGUUCAUUUGUGAAAUUUAGACUAAAUUUAAAGAUUUGAAGCUAAUAUUCUAAACAUAUUUUUUUUUAAUGUUAUAUUGUUGAUGAAUUCGAAAAGAUGUUUUUAUUUUUUCUAAUUGGAUAAAAUCAUUCGUAGCAUGUUAUAUUUAAUGAAUCAUUAUUUGAACGCAACAAAUGCAUUUAAAAAAUGUGUUCGUUUGUUGUGACUUGGUGAUGUGUUGUGAAGUCAUUGUGUAAAAGUUCCGUUUCCUUCAGUGAUGUCAUGACUCUAUAAAUAGAUUUAGAUUUUCUCAAGGCACGUUGGAUGUAAGCACCGUAGAUGUAAAUUAAAAUUAUCUAUUAAUAUGAAAUCUAGGGCCAACGUUAAUCUCUCCAGCAAGCUCGAUGAGGUCCAGCCCAAGAGAUCUGAAAGUAAAGUAAUAAUGACUGGAUUCACUCGAGGAACUUCUACUCAAGAACUCAGAAAAGAGAUGUACGAUCCUUCAGCAGAUGAGUGUGAUGGCACAGAGGCAUCAGUCACCACCUGCGACAGUGUAUCUGGUACAAGUAGGGCGCCGUCCCUUCCCAGGGGGUUUACCAUGAUCUUCUACAAGUACGGCAGCAGAGCCUCUCUGAACGGAGUACCUUUUAUAAUGCAGUCACGAAAUGUUACAGUCAAAUUCAUGUGGUCAGUCUUACUAGCUGCAGCCAUUGGAGCUUCGAUCUUUCAUCUCUAUUAUCUUUUUUCAAGUUAUUAUGAAUAUCAGAAAUAUUCUCAAGUCAAUCUGAAAUUUGACAGUUUAGAGUUUCCAGCAGUAACACUAUGCAAUGUAAACAUGAUGAGAAUGUCACAGAGAAAUCUUGCAUCCGAUGAAAUACAGAAGUUAUUUCAGACAUAUGAUAAAGUUUAUCCAUCAUCUGGAACUUUUGUUAGCCAAAUAACGCCUACUAAUGACAACUCAGAAUCAGACAAUCCUGAUUCGGAUCUAAGUGACAGUCAUCCAGACUUUCUAGUGAAACGCAGCUCAGAAUCCUCAGAUGAUCCCGGUGAAGAGCCAGAUAUGUCAGACCCACUCUUGUUACAGUGGGUCAGAGAGAAACAGCAGGCUUUGUGUGAGCACUGCAAUUACUGCUGGGAUCAAGGCCAGCUGAAGAAUUCAUCCCUCUAUGAAGUGGAUGAUUAUUUCAAGUAUCUUUUCAACAAGCAAUCCCUGAAAAGACGGGAGAUACUUGGUCAUCAACUGAGUGGAAUGAUCAGGAUGUGCUCUUUUGCUGGACGGAUGUGUGGACAUGAAUUAUUCAAACGAGUUGUGUCCCCUCAGUACGGAAACUGUUACACAUUAGAACACAAAGACUUUGUGUCCAGAAAGAGUGGACCUACCGGAGGUCUAGAAAUUAUAAUUUCCCUGGAAACGGAUGAGUACACACCUGCUAUAACACCUGGCGUUGGAGCUAGGGUGAUAGUACACGAGCCUGGCACUGCACCCUUUUUUGAUGACAAUGACAUGGCAGUCAGUCCUGGCAUGCACACAUUCAUUGCCUUGAAGAAGGUUGAGAUUGAAAGAAUUGGAGACCCUUAUUCCUCAUGCACACCAGAAACAAUGCAAAUAAAUGGCUAUAAAUAUACAAAACCAGCUUGCCAAAACGAGUGUGAGCAAAAGCAUAUAAUAGAGAAGUGUAACUGUUAUGACUCAGAACUAGCGCUGUCGUACAACCCAAACCUGUCUCAGUGCAAGAAAAAAGAUCGUAUGUGUCUUUAUAAAGUCCGCUGUGAAUUGGAGGCGAAUAAAAAUGCUUGCGACUGUAAGAGUUUAUGCAGAGAAUCAACCUAUGAGAAAACAAUAGCAACACUGCAAUGGCCAACUGAGAGCUAUGUUGACUAUAUUCGUCCAGAAAUUUGUAAUCUAACCAACCCACCUGACAUUUGUAAACAAAAUGAAUCGAAAAAAGCUUUCAGAGAUGAACUCGUCAAACUAAAUAUCUAUUAUGAAGAUCUUAAUUAUGAAGUUUUGACAGACCAACCUAAUUAUCAGAUGAGUAAUUUGUUAUCAGAUAUUGGUGGUUCUAUUGGCCUGUGGAUUGGUCUGUCAGUGUUGAGUCUGUUUGAACUGUUGCAUCUUUUUCUGGAACUCAUUCGUUACUUCACGUGGAGGAAAUGGAGAAAGAGAGUAGAGAAAAGAAAACGGGAAGCACUUGCAGCGAUUCAAGCAAAAUCUGAUUUACCAAAAGAUUGAUGAAUAUUAAAACUAAAAUAGGCCCCUAUGUAGCUUACAUCUAUAGACACAAGAGUUUCGUGCAUUAAUUUUUUUUUUCAA